UGUUCAGCAAAGGGACCAAAGAUUGAGUGUUAUUUCUGUUCAUUUGGCUCCAUAUUCACGAAUCAGGACGAUGUAACAAAGAAGCAUACACGACAUGGCAUUGAACAAAUGUGCAUUUCUGUUUUCUGCUUGAAUGGCUUAGAAGAGUACCAGAAAAUAUGCGCACGCGAAGGACGAAUCUGUGCGAUCAAGGAAAUCAACGUAACAUUUAUCGAGAAACUUCUGCGUAUGGCACAAACGUGUAACAGACUAUUGUCUCAAUUUGAGACUAAACAUCAUCUACCCUUCAGUCUACCUCUGACGGCUGAAAUGGGGAAUGAGAGCGCUCGAUUCAGAUCGUUUUUGAAGAUCAACCCCGUGUAUCUACAAAGGCUCAACAUUCCUGCUCUUUAUCAAGCUGGAUUCUAUUAUGCAGAGCACCUAGAUAGCAUUCGGUGCUACUACUGUGACACAAAGGUUCGUAAUUGGAAGGAACAGUACUGCAAUGACGACAUGUUCAGAGAACAUGCUCUAGAGAACCCCUCCUGUCUCCACCUCGUAUUAACCAAAGGCCUGCCAUUUGUUGAAGCGAUUAUGAAAGAGCGAAACAGUAAAAAGCGAAAGUCUUUCUUCGUUGAUGAUGCUCCGGAGAAAAGCCUUCGUGAUACCCCGAUACAGGCUAAGUCUGAUACAUGACAGUUUGUUGUUGUUGUUAGAAUCAAACAGGGCAAUCAAACACAGCUUCAUCAUUGGCAUUUGAUAUGACUGUAAUUCUUGAAAAGAAUCUUUUUUAUUUUGAAUGUAUCUUUUCCGGUGACACGUGUGUUACACUUUUUUGCAAAUUAGUGAACUCGUUUUGUACCUGAAACAAAAUAUGAAGGCAGAGCCAAAAAUAUAACAAUAUUGAAUUGUGCUAGUAACGACAUGUGUUUUUAAAAUAAUGGCGGAAUAGAUGCCUUGAAAAAGUACAGCUAUAUUCGAAAUAAAAACACACUAAAAUCCUUCAAUUGAAAUUGAAUUGGAAAUAGUUUAGCCAAAUAUUACUAGCUUAAAUGUGUGCAUUGUAAGAAGGUACUAGAUAUCUUGUGCACCACUGUAUACCCAAUUGAUAGCGGAGUUCAAUCUCUUUGACUUUCAAUUGUAUUGUGUUGCCAUCAUUAUUUUUUUACUUUUUUACAAAGCAUGAUCUCCAUCAUUAUUUACUCAGUGCUGGGAUCUCAGCCUUUGCAAUUAAUAUUAUACGGCAUUUCCUUAAUAAUAUUGUAUAUAUAGGGCAUAAUAAAUAUUGCAUAUGAAAUGAUAUAACAUGUUUGUUUUGCGUCUUUGUUUAAAGCCCCUUUUGGCUUUCAUUGACCGUUCAUAGUCAGUGAACCCACUUUUGCAUGUAUUCCAUAUCAUCGUUUCAUGUUGCAUUGUAUGUAGCGGACUGCAUCG